AUGAAUGAUCAUUAAUCUUACAUUUAUCUUAAUGGAAAUAGAUAGGUCAAUUGGGUAGGUUUCAGAUAAAAAUCUCAAUUCAGAUUUGAGGAUACUGAUACAUUUUGCGUUAUGUAUAAUAAUACUUAUGAAAAGCAAUAUAUCUUUGAUUAAGCUACAAGGAGUAAAAUAGUAUAUUUUGAUAAAUUAAACUAAAAAUUUGAAUCAAUUGAUUUGAUUGAAGAGGUUGACUUUAAUCAUUACCAACUUGAAUUCGCAAUUCUAGAUGAUAUUAACGGCAUUUUAAUGGCAAAAUAUUACAAUGAAGGUAGAGACGAUGAAUUUCAUACUAUGACAUUUAAUUCAUUCGAGGAUAUGUUUAAUGAGGAACUAUUGAAUUAAACCGUUUUCCCAGCUUUCCACUUUGAGAUUGCAGACAAAAUAAUCAUAGACUCAAGUUAAGUUCAAUUAUUUAUAAAGGGUGAGGAACAAAUGGUUGGGCAUUUCUUAACAGAAAUUACUGAUAAAUUGAUAAAUGAAUAUAGAGCAAUUUCUCUCUUGUCCAAUGAAUUAUUAAUUAAAGAGCUAUCACUAAAUGUCGAUAAAUACUUUAAGUUUGUUGCUGGAUUUGGAACAGUAUUUGGAAUUUUUCAGAAUAAUUUAAUUGCUCUUGAAACGAUUGUUAAAUAGCUAUCAUUGAAAGAAAAACAAACCUUACCUAUUCUCAUUUGCUAAAAUCGUAUUGUUGGAGAAUCUCCUCUAGAUUUCUCAAUCAAUAAUCGUCAGUAAAAGAUAAUUAAUCUCAUUCUUUCAAUGAUUAUAAAAUACUAAGAUCAUAUCAUGUUUAACUAGCUAAUCGAUAAAAAUUUAUGCGAGCUAAUCAAACAAUAGAUUGACUUGUAAGAAUACUUUGAAAGCCAUCUCCCUAAUUAUGAGAUUAUUGACCAAUCGUAUCCAAGUCAACAUCAAGAUAAUAAAGAGCUUAUAGAAGGAAUAACAUUGGAAAAUCCUAAAGAUGUCCAUUAAAAAUAUGAUGAAUUAUUUGCAUAUGCAACACAAAAUAAUAAAGAUGAAUCAGAAUAAAGCUCAAUUGAUCCAGAUAUUGUUCUUAUCUACUUCUUGAUUUAUGAGAUUAAACAAAUCAAGGUUUAGAAAAGAGAAUACUUUUAUGAUGGAUGGAAUUACUUUGACUUUUCUCACAUUCUAGCGUUUGCUUCUUUUUUUAUUAUGGAUCUAAUUUGUGAGAACCAGGAUAACCUAAUCUUAAUUAAAAUUCUGGUUAUCAUAUUAUCUUUCAUGAAACUGUUUUUCUUUUUGAGAAUAUACGAUGGCUUCAGUUUCUUAGUUUAAAUGAUGGCUGGUGUUUUCAAGGACCUGAAGUACUUUCUAAUCUUUUUCUUAAUUUUUAUACUUCAGUUUGGAAUGAUUUUCUUAGUCCUUUUCAAGGCUUAGUAAAUUGACGAAUACAAUGGCGUUAAUAAAUUGGCAUAUUUUUUGAUGGCCUUCAGAAUAUCUUCUGGUGACUUCUAACUUGAUGAUUACCACAGCCAAAAUGAUGGAUUAGUUAUCUUCACUUGGAUGAUCUGGUUAGUUGCAGUCAUGACAUUGAAUAUCGUGUUUAUGAACUUUAUUAUCGCUGUAAUAUCAGAAUCAUAUGAAAGAGUCAUGCAGAAACUAGUUGCAGAAUCAUAUAGAGUAAAGGCUAACAUGAUUGUAGAAAGAGAAUAGCUAUUCAAUAGUAAUGAUUUAACUAACAAAUAAUAUUUCCCAAAUUAUAUCGUGGUCAGAAGACCAUUAAAUACAGAGGAUAAUGAAACUGGGGAAUGGCAAGGAUUUAUUAAAGAUCUUAAGUACACAAUUAGGACUACUGCUGCUAAAUCUAAAGGAGAAAUCAUUCAGAGCCUUAAUUCUAUUCAAAAUCAGAAUUUAAAAAAUGAUAAGAAAAAUGAGGGUCUAGAUGAGAAAAUUACAAAUUUAAAAUUAUAACUUGAUCAAAAUUCAGAGAAUAGCAAUAAUGAUUUAAAACUAAUAAAAUCGGAUGUAAAUGGACUAGAUACCAAGGUGAAUGGAUUAGAUGGACAAACUAAAGAAAUUGAUGUAUAAGUUAAAAGACUUGAUAAUAAAGUUGACGGGCUUGAUAGUAAAGUUCUAAAAAUCUAAGAUGAUAUGGAAUUCAUUAAGAGCUCCUUGACUUAACUACUUUAAAAAUAUAAUUAGUGA